AUGGCGCUUAGAGAUCUUGGAGACAAGGUGAGAUGGCCUCAGAAGAAAAAUGACGGAUACUUCAAGAAAAAAGAUCCUAGCCAGUGGUGUGCUUAUCAUGAAGACUUUGGCCAUAUCACCGAAGAUUGCAAGAUGUUAAGAAGAGAAAUAUCCACUUUAUUAGCAAAAGGAUAUUUGACAGAACUCCUUGGAAGGAAGAAGGCCAAAGAUGUUGAAGGCUUGGAUUUUUCCAAACCAAAAUCAACACAAAAAGCAGAUUCCCCGCCAGCGAAUGCAAAAGUAAUUAAUACCAUCUCUGGGGGAUCGGAAGUGUGCGGGACAACAUAUUCAGCAGCAAAAAGACUUGCAACGCAAAGCAAAGCAGAUAAAGGAGAAAGAAGUGUGAAGAAAGCAUCAAUUUCGGACUCAGACAUUAUCUCCUUUGAAGAAGAUUUUGAUGAUAUCAUGGAACCUCAUCAUGAUGGGCUGGUAAUUACUCCUUUUAUCGCUAACCAUUAUGUUCGCAGGAUUUUGAUAGAUAAUGGGAGCUCAGUGAAUAUCAUCAAGAUGGAGACAUUACGAAGAAAGGAUAUCUCGGAAGAAGAUAUCAAUGGAAAGGCUUCUCCAUUGAUUGGAUUCAGUGGGGAAACUAAAUAUACAGUGGGUGAAAUAAGAUUACCAGUUUAUGUUGGGGGGAUGAAUUCGAUGCAUAAAUUAUGUGUCGUAGAUUCUCUCCCAGGAUGCAACAUAAUCUUGGGAAGACCCUGGAUACACGAAAUGAAGGCAGUACCUUCAACAUAUCACCAAUGUGUUAAACUUCCAACACCUUGGGGAGUAGUUACUGUCAAGGGAGAUCAGCAAGAAGCAAGAGAAUGCUACACAUCCAGCAUGAAGUCAGCUGCAAAGCCAAUUUUACAAUAG